GGAGAGCAGACAACAGGUGCACCAGGCAUGAACAGGCGCAGAGGGAAGGCAAUGGUGUUUUACGCAAGUAAUGAAAACUGGAGAUGCAACUUACAGGUGGAGAAUCAAAUGACUGGGACAAUAUGACGAGACUGCUGAGAGAUUUCGUAGGAAAGAGAAGACAUUGCCCCUCCAAGGGACAAAACGACACCCAUCAUGUCUCGUACAAGGAGUUUAGGAGGCGGAUCAUUCAGAGGAGCAGCAGUGAGGGUCCUGCAGAGAGUACACCGCUGGACACUGGGCGGCAGUGUGAGCCCAGCUUUGAGUUUGAUACAGUCUGUCAGAGACUGGAGCUGGAUUCUCCACCGAGACACCACGAACAAGCACAGAGAGUCCUACAUGGCAACCUUCAAGAGAAAGCAUUGGUGGGAGGCAUGUCCCACUGUGGGGCUGUCACACCAGGCACCUUCACUGCCAGGGGACAGCUUGCCACAGAACCCCCCCCAGAACAGGGAUGGGUGUGGAGAGCUGCAGUUCAAGAACAUGAAAAUGCUCAACAGGCUGGUUCUGAUGAAAAAAGACCGUUUGCUAUUCUGGACAAACCUUCCUUCAGUCAGCAGGGAAAAUCUGCGAUAAAGUUGGCGGCACCGUCACUGCUGAACGACUACUACGCAAAUCUUCUCGACUGCAGUUGUAAUGGUAUUAUUGCAUUAGCCCUGGGCUCUUGUGUUUACCUUUGGAAUUCAAAAACUCGUGGUCUGGCGGGAUAUUUGGACCUGAGACCACGACCAGGGCAAGCGUACCAUCAGAUGCAGUCAAUCUCGUGUCUGAGCUGGAGCAGAGAUGGCACAGCUCUGUGCCUUGGGACCAGGCGAGGGGAGAUACAGUUGUGGGAUGUUGAACACAAGCAGAAUAUGAGGUGUCUGCCGUCACACCUGUCUGUGGUCAGAGCUCUUGCCUGGAAACAGCAGUUACUCAGCAGUGGCUCUGUUCUUGGACAUAUCCAUCACCUUGACCCUCGGGCUCCUACACCUCUGGUGGGCGCAGCCGUCCAGAAGGAGGGGAUCUGCAGCCUCCAGUGGUCACCGGGAGACGACUGGCUGGCCAGCGGCUCCACAGAAGGCCACCUCCGUAUAUGGGAUAGUGACAUCACAAGGUCACGUCAGCCAAUCACUACGAUGAAACAGCCCAGCGCUGUUAAGGCAAUGGGAUGGUGUCCAUGGCAGAGAAAGAUGAUCGCCACAGGAGGUGGAUGGAAAGAUGGAGAGUUGAGAAUCUGGGACACAGAUUCGGGGACUUGUGUGACUUCCGCCAACACAAAUUCUCAGAUCUGUUCUCUACGAUGGGCUGAAAAGAAGAAAUAUCUGGUCACAGGUCACGGCCUUCCUCAUCACCAAGUUAACUGCUGGUCCUGGGAAUUUCCCUCCCUCACCCCCAUCUACCAGCUCGCAGGUCACUCUCAUCGAGUCCUGCACUUGGCCAUACACCCUGACAGCACUCACAUUUUCUCUGCUGGAGCGGACCAGCAGUUUCACAUCUGGGACAUGUAAUUAUCAACAUGGACGGUGAAUGUUGUUGAAGAAGUUACUCAAAUUCUAUACAAAUAUUUCUUUAUUAUUAUAAUUUUUACUACAGAUAAGAUUACUUUUUGCAUAACAGGGCAUUUAUAUGAAAAUAGUACGGGAUAUACCUCAAAUUACAGACAGGAAAGUAAUCCUCUGGUCAUACAGCUCAGGCAGAUAGAGUAGCUCAGUCACUAGCAUUAACAUUAAAAGACUGUCAGCAGGGAGGUUGUGUGUGAAAAUAGUAAUAUGAUUUGAAUAGCACCUUUCAAGCAAGAAGUAAAUAUUGCUUUCCAAUGUAGAGAAAAAGCAUAAAAAGACAAUCACACCUACAAAUAUCAACAGCAUAAGAAGACAUACUGUCCAUCCUAAAACUAGAAGAUCACUCAGAGAGCACAGACCUUGGCCAAGGCCAAUAGUCCAGUCUAGUUUAUGACAUGCAAAUCUGCAAGCGCUACCACUAUAAAGUAUAUGUCUGAAUAUAUUUCCAAAACUUUUAGAAUUAUGUUAAAAUGUGUUUUUUUUUCAUCAUCUCAGAUGUGCAUUUAUUAUGUACUUCUAAAUUGGAAUUAUUUCACAUACUUAACAUGUGAAAACCAGCAGAUAGGAUCAUCAUUAAACUUAUGUUGCAUAAUGCACAAUUUGAGGGUUACGCUGUGUAACGCUAAUACAAUAAAUAUAUUGUGAUAAUAUAUCGUGAUAAUCAAUCACACAAACAUGAAAACUAAUUUAUGUAUCCGUGAUUCGGAGCCACUCCAAAAUUCAUUGGGUUCUUCCUUGGCCCAUGCUACACCCUUUUACCAAGUUUCAUGAAAAUCAGGCCAGUAGUUUUUCUGUAAUCCUCUAAAAGACAAACAAACAAAGCAACAAACUUCCUUCUUAGCAGACGUUAUUAUGUAAACUAAUACGUCUAGUGGUCAGACAAGGAGGCAAGUCUAAAAGAAAUUAUUUUAAGGCAUGAUUUAAGCUGAGACAGUGUUCGGAUACUAACUAGAGGGCUGUUCUAAAGCCAGUACAGCAAUCAUCCCCUCAAUUAUGACUUUAAUCUGAAUUUAAGCAGCCUUUGUGGACAGUAAGCUUUCACAAAUUCACUAAUGUACUCCGGUGCAUGGUCCUGUAAAGCCUUGUAUAUAAAGAAUUUUUUUUUGUUUUGUAUAGAAUGUAUAUUGCUUGACUUUGUGUUCAGGAUCAGGAGAAUGGUUAAUGCAAUUUCUCAAGUUAUAAUUUUGAAAGAAACUCACUUUGAAAUCAAUUACUGUGCAUGUGGAACUAACUAACAUUUAUGUAUUUAUUUAUGUAACUUGUAAAAAUUAUGUUAAUGUUUUGUUUCAUGUAGGCUAUGUUAUUUCUUUCUUGCCUACACCUUAAAGCUAACAUAAUGGGAUAUGUACAGUACAAAAACUCUAGGGGAAACACUGUAGAGAAUAAACUUUUUUUAUAUGUGGAACAGUUAAA